AGAAAAAAUCUAUCAACAAAAACAGGAAGUUAGUUCCAUUUCUGCAGAUGUGUCUGAUCAGUUUGACAACCUCGUAUGGACUUUGUCAUCGGAUUUUAUUUUUCGGAUGAAGUCUGCUCCGAUUUUAACUGUGUAGUUCAGGUGUGAAGUCCCGUAAACAAUGAAGAUACUACCGCAUCUGGCUGGCUACCUGGGCACUGAAAUGCCAAAGUCCUAAGGUUACAUUGACGAUCACCAUGUGUUUCACACAAAAGAUGACAGGGAGAUGCACGUAACGUUAUCUCCUCUCCCUUUUUAAGUUUCUGCUUCAGGUAACACUGAAGUGAGUUAUGACACAACAUUAGCUGUUUUGUCUUGUAUGAGUAUAAAUGCAAGAGGAAGCAUGGGUGAUGUGAUCGUGCUCAGCUCAGACAGUGAAGAAGAGGACUCUGAUGUGGAGAUAAUGGGCUCUUACAAGCACUUUAUGACCAAAGGCGACCCGGACCCGCUGCCCCUGUCGGAGGUUCGAGUGGACGUUGAUGCCUUGAAAGUAAACGUCCCAACGCAAUAUAUCAACCUCACAGACCCAAAGUGGAGUCUUCCAGACCUGAAGCUGCGCAAAAGGAAAAGUUCAGCUCCCUUGGCAGUGAUGGACUUGACUGAGAAAAGCACAGCAAAUGUGAAAAAAGCAGACAAUUUUAAAAUGAUAGAAAAAGGCACAACAAAAAAAACUUUGAAUGAACAAGAUUGCAACUUAAAAAGAAGCACAUUAAGUGGUCCAACUGCUCCAGAGCAAGACCAGUUGAACUCUGAGGAGAAGCAGAGAUAUCAAGAACAACACCGAACCCAGACUGCUCAUGAAAACCUUAGUGUACCAACUGUGAAAAUCAAUCGACUACCAUUUCUUGAAACUCAUGUCACUGAAAUUAAAACUUCAUGUUCUGUCUUUUUAACCAAAGAUUGUAUGCCAAUGUCACUGAACAUCCGUCAACCACGCAGAGUUGGAGAAACAUCACAGUGCACAGAGAUGCUCAUCCCCUCUCUAUCAUCACCAAUUUCAUCUGAUGAUAAAGCACACAGUUCCAACCCAGGACCACAGAUAUCAGAGGCAGCAGACAAUGUACAAAGCUGUCUCUCUGAUCACUCGAGCCACUUCCCUGCAACUGGACUAAGCCCCUCUGAGCCUGCCAACCUCCACUCUCAGCCCCAAACAAGCCUCAAAUCACAGGACCACACGAGACAAGUUGAACCAGUGCCCGCCUCUAAACAUACACCAUCCGCUGACACGUCUGAAUGGCAAACAAAGGAGUUUAAAGAUGAUGAGGCAUCAAAUGGUUCUGACAUCCUUCACUGGAACAUUCCUGUAACUAAAAGUGAGGACUUCCAUGGCGGAUCUGAGAGCGGGCAAUACGGAGGGUAUGUGGUAAAUGAUAGUCCACUGUCUUUUCUGUGGCAAGAGGGGAUUGAUGAAGAACAGGCGGAGUCAGAGACCAGAUUGGAUAUGGACUUCAGGGCUGCCAGUCUGGAGGAUAGGCGUUUUGUUUGCCCAGUUACUUUCAGGAAAAUAAUGUCUGGACUGACUGUAAGCAUGACUGAUGAAGUAGAAGAAGGUUCAGGAUCUCCACGUGUGCUGUGUCGUCAGAGCCUGAGUCUGGUGUACAGUACCAUUGAUGAGAACUACCCAGAGGGCACUUUACAGCUCUUGUCUGAUCUGCUGAAGCCUGGUUACUACCCUCCCAAGGAUAUCACCGUCCACCUGCUGCAUGAUAUUCUGCUGAACCAACAGUGUCCCUAUCACCUGUGUGUGCAGGCUUUUAAUCUGCUGAUGAGGACACAGAGACACCACAUGGCUGAUAAAACCACAGUUCCAUGGGACUGGGAGUCGUUGAGUACUCUCAUGGCCAAUCAGGACCUCACAAAGAAACAUCGGACUGAGGUGGUGCGCAUGCUCCUGGAGUAUGUUGUGCAGACUUUGGAGGAUGACUUCCAGGUGAAGUAUUCCUCCUCUACCCUCCAUCUCUCCAUCGCAAAGGUGACACUGUCAUGUGAUCAGAAGUUCCCUUAUGUCAGGGAUGUCAUCAAGUGGCUCAUCUCUGCAAUCAUGAAAUCGACAGAGCACGGACAAAGGAGAGAACUGGCCAGAGAGAGAAAUGAACAUGUCAGAGUGGUGUCCAUCCUCCAGAGGAUGCUGUCCUUGGCUGUCGAGGUUGACCGGUCUCCAGCUCUCACCUCUGCCAAACUGUCCCAGGAGCUAUUCCAUAUGCUCAUCGGCAAUGUGCCCCUACGAGCUCACAGGAUGCUGUUGCUGGAAAGCCUGCAGAGUAAACUGCUGAGAUGUAAGCUGUUGGAACAUCUGUUGGAUUAUGCAUGCCCACUGAAAAUAUCUCUUCCCAUGUCACUCAGUCUUCUGCUGCACUUUCUAAUGACCUGCACUCUGGAACCUGACCCCAUGGAUGGUACUGAAAGGUGGAAGAAGUGGGAAGAGUUGGUCCACCUUCUUUGGAUGUUGCUGCUCAGCUAUAACCAAGCAAUGAAAGGCUUUCUGUGCAGCUCAGUGGGUGAACAGAACUGCAAAGUUGGCACCCUGGUCUACAAGCAGGAUGAUAAGGUAUCCAAAGCUGCUGUUCGUGAAGCUGUAGCGGCCUUCCAUUCCAGAUCCUAUGCUGACCUCGGCCAAGCCUUACCUCUUCAUGUGGACGAGUCCCUUGGUUAUCUUCAGGAUUACCUGCUAGAUGUCUGCCAGUGCUAAAGAAACAAUUAUAUUUGUUGUCAAUCUCUUAAAAAAUUGUAUGUAUUAAUUUAAUAUUUAUAUUUUUGUAUGGAUUGACUUGUUAAAGUUUGUUUUUUAUCUAAAUAAAGGCUGGGCCUUGGUGCACUGUU